ACGCAUGGACGGCCAGGCUUUCAUCUCUGUUUCUCUUCAAUCGAAAGCGAAAGGGUGCCGAUAAGGUUCAAACGGGCAGCGCGCGCGGGCACUGUCCUCGUGUUUUGUUUUAGAGCUCUAUAAAGCCAGCGGUUUUACAGUUGUUUUUAUAUGUAUGUAUAUAUAUUUUUUCUACUCCAGGUUCAAGACGUGUGGAUAAGCACAAUGCCUUUUUUUGGAAAAUGUCGCUAACUUAAGCUUCUUCCUCUGCUUGAAAUGGUUCUCGUGAAAUGACAGUCAAGGGUGGAGGUGCUCCAUCAACCAUCAGUAUGAAUUCUUUCACUGUUUAUAAGUUCAGAGAAAAACUAUUGAACCUGUCCAUCUCAGAUUAUCAGGGUCUGGACAGUCCUGGUCUCACCUGCUACCUGAACUGCGUACUACAGGUGCUCUUCUGGACUGAGGAGUUUCGGGAGGCUGUGAAAAGAUGCAGCGGGAAUAACUCAACAAGCAUCGAUCCACUCCUGAUGGAGCUUUUUGAAAACUUGGAGAAAAAGAGGUCCAAAACACACAAAAUCGUCAAAAUUCUCGGCAUCACAGAUGUUUACGAGCAAAGGGACGCUGCAGAGUACUUGGAGAAGAUUCUGUGUCACACCAGCCCAGAGGCUUCUAAGGUAUUCAAAGGAGAGCUGAAUCAUAAAACCACAUGCCACGGGUGCAGACUAUCCAGCCAUUCUAAAACCUUCUUUUGGAUUCUGCCGCUUGCCGUCAAAGAUUUCAACCACAAAACUUACAAUGUGCAGCGAGGACUGGAGAGUUUCUUCAAGGCACAAAAAGUCUCAGAGGAGAACCAGCUUUACUGCAACAACUGCAACAAAAAGCAGGAUGCAGACCUGGAAUGCGAGCUAACUCAGAGCCCUGAAGCUCUGACUCUCCUGCUGAAGAGAUUCACCUUCGAUAGCAAGCAGAAACGCUACGUCAAGCUGAAGUGCACGGCGGAUGUGGCCCAAACGCUACAUUUCGCAAAUUGCAGGUACCACCUGUACGCUGUGGUUGAUCAUUUUGGGGAUAUGACCGGAGGUCACUACACUGCAGAUAUUAAAUCCUUUGAAACUUGCAGCUGGUAUUGUUUUGAUGACAGCAUAGUUAAAAAUGUUAAUUCUAAAUAUUUGAAAAACACAUUAAGGUCCCAUACAGCUUACCUCCUGAUGUACAUGAAGGGAAGUGCCCGUCUAAACUCGACUGAUGAUAGUGACCCAAGAACUGCUGAAGAACGAUGUGAGGAAGAUGAACAAACUACUGAGCCGUGUCCUCCAUUCAGCAGUGGAAGUUACAUCGAUGGAGAUGAUCGUCUGUUUAAAGAGGAACUCGUCAACCAGGAAGCAGCAAUGCAACAUCCAGAUAUCAAUCAGAGAGGAACAGACUUUGGUCUCAUUACUGACGGACUCGAUGCAGAAAGUCACGUUAAACCAAACGGGAUGAGUCAUAUCAAACCAGUGAUGUGUGUUAGCAGUUCUCCAAGAGUUAGAAAGGAUCCUGCACCAACUGCAUUCAGGAGCAACUACAGGGAAGCUACAACCGGUGCAGAAAAUGAAGGAAAAUUGGAUAAACAGACUUAUUUCAACCAUAUGCAAGGGUUAUAUGGAAAGUCUUGUGCAGUUUCACCUUCAAAAAGACGCUCCAACAGCCACUGCACCGUCAUCCAGCCGACAGAGAUUCAUGGUUCAGCAGAUGUGGACAGGAGGUCCCGCAGUUUGACCAGAAAUAAGGAGAAAACACAGCGGGCUGUUUCUGCAAACAGCAGACUGGAGAGGUCACAGUCUUCCACACCAAGACAGCAGAGUCUGAGGAGGGAGAAGACACCCCAAAAACACUGGAGGUGAUAUGGAGGAGGCAAACUAUGACUGUUAUGUUUUUAUAGCUUACAGAAAGGAAAUAAAAACCCUCUUUAAAGUUCAAUUUAACUGUAUUUGAUAAUCUGGCAUGUAAACAGCUUGUACGUUUCUAAGUAACUCAGUCUCUCUGUUUAUUUCUAAAAGGACAUAAUAAAGUAAUCAACCUGU